UGUUUCACAACCUGCCUAAAUCUCAGCCAGCCAUCUUUUGUGGAUAAAUCGUUUGUUUCGUAUCGUCUGAGUAAAUUUCACAAUCGUAAUUAAUGUCAGAGCCACAGUCUUCGCUUUUAUUAAAAAAGCAGCUAGCAGGUACGCUGUAGAACUUAAAAAAUUAUUUGUCGAGUCACUCAUUCUUCGAGCGUCAAAAUGACUUGUCGUGGAAUCAUUGACCUUAGAGCGGGUCGAAUUUUGGGCAUCUUUGCAAUUUAUUUAAAGUACAAAAGUAAAAUCAUUCGUCAUUCUGCUCAGUUAAUAAUUCGCAUUAAUUGUUCAGCAACCAAGUUGUUGGGGAUAAAAUCAAUAGUAGGGGCGAUGACAGUUAUUCUCGCUGAUUUCUAGAGUGAAAUAACUUUCAAAGUACAUUAUAUAUAAAUUCCUUUUUUUCUCAAGACUGCUUAACUUGGUGAAAAUGAUCAUUUACGACAAUGGUAUAAAACUUAAAACUUUCUCGAUUUCAGAACUGAAUAAAAAUCCAGUAGAAGGUUUUUCUGCUGGAUUGAUAGACGACAAUGAUAUUUAUAGAUGGGAAGUACUUAUCAUCGGACCUCCAGACACACUAUAUGAGGGUGGGUUUUUUAAAGCACAUUUACAUUUUCCAAAGGAAUAUCCUCUCAGGCCACCACGGAUGAAAUUUGUAACUGAAAUAUGGCAUCCUAACAUUGAAAAAAAUGGUGAUGUGUGCAUAUCAAUAUUGCAUGAACCUGGUGAUGACAAAUGGGGUUAUGAGAAAGCAUCUGAAAGGUGGUUACCUGUGCACACAGUAGAGACCAUUCUUAUAAGUGUUAUCUCCAUGCUAGCUGAUCCUAAUGAUGAAAGUCCUGCUAAUGUUGAUGCUGCGAAAGAAUGGAGAGAGCGAUAUUCGGAUUUCAAAAAGAAAGUUGCCAGAUGUGUUAGGAAAAGUCAAGAAGAUUGCUUUUAGGAAUGAGAGGGAAUUUAGAUCACAGAAUAGUAUUGGAAAAGGGCCACGGGACAUUACAAUACACAUGAUGCUGUGUUAACCACUUGACACUAGGUUGCUGCGCCAACUGAUCUCAAACACCAACUGACGCAUAUCAUUUGUAGAUGUGUGCUCAUUAUAUUUCUUUUUGCAGAAAGAGUGGAGAGAAUCAUAUUCGGAGUUUAAAAGGAAAGUAGCACAGUGUGUGAGAAAGAGCCAAGAGGAUUGUUCCUAAAUAUAGUGCCCCUUUUCAUUAAAUUUGUUGGAUAGUGAGUGUUUGGUGAUUCAGUUAGGACGUUGAGCAAGGCCCCGCGUGACAUUAGCGCAGGCCCUUCCAUCCGGGCCAGAGACUAUAUUGAAAUUGAUUUAAAAUAAAUACUAUUGUAAUUAUAUGGUAUCGUUGCCGUAUUUUAUAAAUUAAUGAAUUAAAAAUAGAAUUUGAGGUCUUUUUCAUCUUUUUUAAGACGUGUUAGCUAGCUAUUGUUAUAAUAAUGAAAUGUGUAUGGUAAUUUUGUAAAGAUUAUAACAAAUCUGCAUUUGUCAUUUUCAAUUUAUGGUAAAGAUUGAUCUCUGUAAAGUAGAAACCAAAUCAAAAAGUUAAAAUAAUAUCAAUUACAUGACAUGUUUGUAACAUUUUAUAUUUGUAAUUAUUAAUAUAAUGCAAUAUUUUGAACAACAAUAAAUUAGAAAAAUCGUAAAAGACCAUUUUAAAACUUGUAAUGUGUAUGUAAAGUGUUAGUUACCGAAACAAUGGAUGUAUACAUUGGUUGCUUCUCCAGAAAACAAUUUUUAUUCUAGUGCUAAUUUUAGUAGUAAAUUUAAUAACUAAAUAUAAUUUUUACUAAAUAAAAGCCAAUUUUGUAAACUUUAACAUUGUAUGGAUUCAACCUAGCCCAAUAUUUAUUAAUUAUCUUUAUGCUACAAAACUUGUAUGAACAUAACACAUUUGUAUAUUAAAUAGUUAUGAAUUUGCUCUAUACAAUCUUUCGAGUUUCUGCACAGUCGUAAGAUUUUUAAUUAACAAACAUUAAACGACAUAUGGGUUUAAUAUUUCAGUGUUACCAUUGUAAUUUCAUAAAUCAAUGACGUCACGAACCCCAAUUGCAUACAUUCGUCAUCGAACAAUAAUUUGUGAAGUGUGUAUAUUUUUACUGUGUAUGUAUAUUUUUUGCUAUA